GAUUGUUGGCUUGAUAUCUGCGGGGACGGGUUAAUUCGGUUUCCUUUGAUAGCUCUUGUGUUUGUCUUGAUUGAUAGAAAGGACCGUCACCAUGUCGCAGACUGUUGGAAAGACCCGUCUCGCCUACUCUCGGGCCUGGCACCAUGUCGACGUCGGCACCGACCCGCGCAGUCUCGGCCGGCUUGCUUCCUCCAUCGCCCUCUUCCUGAUGGGCAAGCACAAGCCUAUCUAUGACCCCUCCACCGACUGCGGUGACUAUGUCGUCGCUGUGGGCUGUCACGACUUGAAGACCACCGGCAAGAAGCGCUUCCAGAAGAAGUACUACACGCACACGACUCGCCCCGGUAGCCUGCGGAGCAUGACGAUGGACAAGAUGUUCGAGAAAUGGGGUGGCGGUGAGGUCCUACGACGUGCUGUUAAGGGCAUGCUGCCCAAGAACCGGCUGCGGGAGAAGCGUCUGGCUAGACUGAAGACAUUCGAGGGCCUGGCUCAUCCGUACGAGGAGAACAUUGUCAAGUUCGGGAAUGAGUCGGUGAUUGCCAACUUGCCGGAGGUGAAGGAAGCGUUUAAGGAGGCCAAGACCCAGGCAUAG